AUGACUUCGACUGCAGCGAUCAGCGACUGGGCAACCUACCUGCGGGGCCUGACGCCCUGCCGGUUCCCACGGUUCAGUCGUGCACCCGGCGGCUCGGGACAACAACAACAGGUCUUCUCGGUCCCGGUGCCGAUCGAACAUGAACACGCGGAUGAACUCACGGCGCUGUCGGCCACCGACCCGGAGAAAUUCGGCGCUUUGCUCCGUACCGCCUGGGCGCUCCUGCUGCGGUGCUACACGGGACAGGACGACGUAAGCUUCAGUUUUGCUGAGCAUCUCUGCCACGGCGACGACAAGAACAAGAAUGAGCCGACUGCGGCGGCUGUUGUGGCGCGUUUUCUGCUUGAUGACAACGCGUCCGUGGCUGGGCUAGUGCGCCGCACGACCGCGGAGCUGGCCCAGCUGAAGCAAGUGGCCGGGCCGGUUCCACCCAAGCUGAUGAUGAUUCCGAGUCAGAGCGAUCACUCGCAGCAGCAGCAGCAGCUGUUCGACACAGCGAUCGUCGUGCUGCGGAGUGGUGGUGGUGGGCCAGGCGUUAGCGAGACACUGGCGGCCAUGGGCUGUCGUGCAUUGGACCCGAAACACCACAGCCUCCGGCUGGUAGCAACCACCACCCCAACCAACAUAACCCUCUCUAUAGAAUGGAGCACCACCAAUCUAGGCAUGUCAACCACACAAGCCAGCCUGGUUGCGUCUACGCUGGCGGAGAUCAUGUCCUCUGUCCUCCUCGCCUCUGAAUACCAGGACGCCCUAACCCUAAACACGCUCAAUCUCAAUACCAUGAGCCCCGCCAACCGUGAGCAAGUCUGCACAUGGAAUGCCGCCGCCUGCCCCGACAUGCAGCCCGUCGAGGCGUGCGUGCACGAGGUCAUUGCCGCCCGCGCGCGUGAGACGCCCGGCAAGGAGGCCGUGUGCGCAUGGGACGGGUCGCUUACCUACCGCGAGCUGGACUCCCUUGCGGGUAGGCUGGCGGGGAGGCUAGCCCAGCAGCAGUUUGGGAUUGGGCCGGAGGUUUUGGUUCCCUUGUGUUUUGAGAAAUCCAAAUGGACUGUCGUCGCCAUGCUCGCGGUGCUUAAGGCGGGCGGUGCCUUCGUGCCGCUGGAUCCGUCGCACCCCGUGGAGAGGCUACGCGGUCUGUGCGAGUCUGUCGGGGCGAGGAUCGUGCUCUGCUCGAGUCACCUCGUGGAGAAGGUUGAUGGCGUUGUUGACACGGUGCUGCCCCUCGAUGACAGCACCGUGGUCGAUGAUGAUCAGCCAGAGACAGAGAUUCUGGAGAGUAAGCGUUCUGCAUCCAGCACCAACGCGGCGUAUGUGAUCUUCACCUCCGGAUCCACCGGCAAGCCCAAGGGCACCGUAAUCGAGCACCGGGCCUUCUGCUCCAGCGCGCGGUCCCACGCACCGGCCCUGCGCAUCGACAGCACGUGCCGGGUGCUGCAGUUCGCGGCGCACACCUUCGACGCCAGCCUGGUCGAGAUCCUCACCCCGCUGAUGGUGGGCGCCAGCGUGUGCAUCCCCAGCGAGCACGAGCGGCUCAACGACCUCGCGGGGGCCAUGGCGCGCAUGGCGGUCGACCACGCCGUGCUGACGCCGUCGUUUGUGAAUUUUCUGACUCCGGCCAGCGUGCCCGGCCUGCGGAGGCUGGUGCUGGCCGGCGAGGCCAUGAGCUCCGCGCAUGUGGCUACGUGGUCGCAUAUUGAGCUCGUCAAUGGGUAUGGCCCCGCCGAGAGCUCGGUCGCGGCCGUGUGUAAUCCUCGGAUGGGGCCCGACAGCGAGCCUACCGAUAUUGGGCUGCCGUGCGGUGUGAGGGUGUGGCUUGUUGACCCGGCCGACCACAACCGCUUGAUCCCUGUGGGCUGUGUGGGCGAGAUGCUGCUCGAGGGGCCGAGUCUGGCCCGGGGGUAUCUCAACGACCCCGGCAAGACGGAGGAGAGUUUCAUCUUCGACCCGGCCUGGGCGCGAUAUGCCCUGCCACCACCUACAACUGCCGGCCACCGUCGCUUCUACAAGACGGGCGACCUCGCACGGUACAACUCGGCCGCGGGGGCCUUGAGCUACGUCGGAAGGAAGGACACGCAGGUCAAGCUGCACGGCCAGCGGAUCGAGCUUGGUGAGAUCGAGCACCAUCUGGCCGUGGACGAGAGCGUGCAGCAUGCUAUGGUGCUGCUUCCGAAACAAGGCCCGCUCGCAAAGCGGCUGAUUACCGUGCUUUCGCUCUCGGACGCCUCCGUCGCGUCGCAGACUUCUCAAUCCGGACCUGCGGCGCUGAAGCUGACGGCAAAUCCGUCUCUGACAGAGCCCAUCGUGCAGAGCAUCCGCACACGGCUAGGCGCACGCCUCCCUGCGUACAUGGUGCCGUCGACGUGGCUGUGCGUGGAGUCCAUCCCGAUGCUGUCCUCGCGGAAGAUGGAUCGCAAGACCGUUGCGACAUGGGUCGAAAGCGUCCUCAGCGCCGAGGAGUGCCAGCAAAUCCUCAUGGGACACCGCUCCACCGAGAAGGCCGAGGCCGAGGAUGGAAAAGACCCGCUGACGGAGAAGGAAGCCAAGCUCCGCGACAUCUGGAGCCUGGUGCUGAACCUCCCCGCGGACCAGAUCAGCCGCGACGAGCACAGCUUCCUCCACCUGGGCGGCGACUCCAUCUCGGCCAUGGCCUGCGCCAGCCACGCCAAGAAGAAGGCGCGCCUCCACCUGACCGUGCAGGAGGUGCUCAAGGCCAAGUCGUUGCGCCAGCUGGCGGCGGUGGCCCGGCAACAAGAACAAGACAAAGACAAAGACAGAGAAGAACAGCAGGACGACGACGAGGAUGGGGACACUCCGUUCGACCUCUCCCCGAUCCAGCAGUACCACUUCGACAUCCGCGGCGCGGCUGAGGGUGACGACGCACACUUCAACCAGAGCUUCUGCCUGCGCCUGGCCCGCCGCGUCGAGGCGGCCGCCGUGCGCGAGGCUGUCCGGGUGGUCGUGCGCCGCCACGCCAUGCUCCGCGCGCGUUUCCAGCCGAGCGGCACGGACGGGCCGUGGCAGCAGCGCAUUACCGCCGACAUCGAGUCGUCGUACCGCUUCCGGGCCCACAGUACUGUAACCCGUGGCGACGUGGAUGCUGGUAUUGCCAGUGCCCAGGGCUGUCUCAAUGUGCGGCACGGUCCGCUGUUUGCCGCAGAGCUCUUCGACGGCAUGCAAGACCAGCAGCAGCAGAUUUUGUUUAUGACGGCGCAUCACCUGGUCAUCGACCUGGUCUCAUGGCGCGUCAUCCUCGAGGAACUCGAAGAGAUCCUCUCCCACCCAUCAGGAACUCCCAACCUCCCGCACCGAUCCCUCCCCUUCCGGCGGUGGACAGCCCUGCAGAUCUCCUCCACCAGCAGCACACCCCUGACCAGCGUCCUCCCGGCCUCAGCCGACAUCCCCCCGGCCCGGCUCGCUUACUGGGGGAUGGAGCACCCCCAGUCCAACGUGUACGGCGACGUGGUCUGCCAGGGGUUCGAACUCCCCCCGGACGUCAGCCACGCGCUGCUCACUGCUUGCCACACCCCGUUCCGCACAGAGACGGUCGAGCUCCUGCUUGCGGCACUGAUCCAUUCCUUCCGGCUGACGUUUCCGGAUCGGUUGCCGCCGGCGGUGUUUAAUGAAGGGCAUGGGCGGGAACCGCCUUCUUCUUCGGGGGAGGAGGAGGUUGAUAUUGCCAGGACGGUGGGGUGGUUCACUACCCUCCUGCCUAUCGCCCUCCCCUCCUCCUCCUCCUCUCCCGCUUCUUCUUCCCGAUUUGAAGAGGUACUCAUAGCAGUAAAAGACCUCCGCCGUCGCGUACCAGGGAACGGCCGCCCUUACUUCGCAGCACGCUUCCACCACCCUACUACCACUCCUACCACUACCACCACCACACAAAACUGGAAAGACACCCACCGCGACAUGGAGGUAUCCUUCAACUUCCUAGGCCGCUACCAGCAGCUCGAGCGCCACGACGCGCUCCUCCAACCGGCCGAGGGCGCGCUCAUGGCCGGGGAAGCACACGUGGGCAGCGGGACGGCCGACUUUGGCGCCCACUGCCCGCGCUUCAGCCUGUUUGAGAUCUCGGCCGUGGUGGUGCAGGGCGGGGUGGUGCGGUUCGGGUUUGCGUGGAACAGGCACAUGCGCCGCCAGGAGGGGAUACGGAGUUGGGUGAGGAAUUGUGAGGGCGUGUUGAGGGAGGCGGCAGCGGUGUUGCCUGCUAUGGUGGGGGAGGGUAGUAGACUGACGGUGAGUGAUUUGUUUUUGAUGCCGGAACUGACCCAGAGGGAUUUAGAUUCGUUUGAGAGGGAGAGGUUGUCUGAUUUGGUGCUGGGCGGUGGGAAGAAGGGGUGGGCGGCUGUUGAGGACGUGUAUCCCGCUUCGCCGAUCCAGCAGGGCUUGUUGCUCAGCCGGACUAAGGACGGUGCCUUCUACGCGGUGCGGCGGGCGUUUGAGGUCAAGCGGAACGACAAGAGUCAAGCGGGAGUGGGUGCGCAGCGGGUUGUGCAAGCGUGGAGGGAGGUUGUGCGCCACCACGCGCUGCUGCGCACUGUUUUUGUGGAUGCCAUCAGCCCGGCGAGGGCCGGGAGCUACGACCAGGUGGUACUGAAGGAUGUCGAGCCCCCCGUGUUAGUCCGCGAGUGUCCCGGGGGAGAAGAGGAGAUGCAUAGACUGCUCAACGCUCUCGAGCCGAUGCCGUAUCGCGACGGCGCCCCCCAGCACCGCCUCUCCGUCUUCCACGACCCCGGCAACACCAACAGCCGCGUCUUCUGCGUGCUCGAGAUGAGCCACGCGGUCAUGGACGGCGCGUCCAUGGACAUCCUCCUGCGCGACCUGGGCCGGGCCUACGACGGGUCACUCGCGCGGCAGCCCCGGCCGCUGUUCAGCCCCUUCGUGGCCAGCCUGCAGCAGCGCGACGCCGCGGCCGACGUGGCCUUCUGGAGGGACCAUCUAGCGGGCCUCGAGCCGUGCCACUUCCCCGUGCUCAACGACGGCAUCCCCCUCCGCCCGGACCCGGAGCAGCAGAACGCAAAACAGCUGUGCUCGCUGCGCGUCGACUUCCCGCAGCUGGCCGCCCUGCAAGCCUUCUGCGCGCUGCGCGGGUUCACACUGCCCAACGCCUUCCACGCGGCCUGGGCGCUGACGCUCGCGUGCUACACAGGCACGGCCGACGUCUGCUUCGGCUAUCUGGUGUCGGGCCGCGACGGCGCGCGCGUCGAAGGGUCGGAGGACGCCGUCGGCCCGUUUAUCAACAUGGCCACGCAGCGGGUGCAGCUAAGUCUACCUGACGACAACGGCGGCAACCAGCUCUCGCUGCUCCGGCUCUUGGAAUCUGUGCAGCACGACCAGCUGGCCUGCAUGCCCCACGCGCAGGCGUCGCUGGCCGAGGUGCAGCACGCGCUGAACAUGCCGGGCGGGAUGGCGCUGUUCAAUACGUGCAUCUCCUACCGCCGGCAGGAAGCAAAGCCCAAGACAACGACUUCCACUGCCGAAGGGUCGAUCAUCAUGUGCGAGGAUCUGACCCCAAUCCACGACCCAACCGAGUAUCCCAUCAGCCUGAACAUCGAGAUGAUGGCCGACGAAGGCGGUAUAACAACAGCCCUCAUCGACGUCGAUUACUGGACCGACCACAUCACCCCGGCCCACGCCCAACACGUCGCGGCCACAUUCGUCCAAGCCCUGACCAACAUCAUCGACGCGCAGCAGGACGGUCUGGACCUGGUGCACCCGGCCAGCAAAGAGCGCAUCUGGGCCUGGAACGCCCACCUCCCCGCCGCGACGGCCGAAUGUGUGCAUCGCAUGGUCGAGAGGCAGGUGCGUGUCCGGCCGCAGGCGCAGGCGAUCCGUGGGUGGGAUGCGGACUUUACGUAUGCCGAGAUGGAUGACCUGUCGAAUCGACUGGCGAGGUAUUUGAGGAGGGACUUUGGGGUCGGUCCCGAGGUGUUGGUCCCCGUGUGCUUUGAUAAGUCGGCUUGGACGACUGUUGCGAUGCUGGCGGUGUUGAAGGCCGGGGGCGGCGUGGUGCCCCUGGAUGCUACACACCCGGCGGAGGCGCUGGAGGGGAAGGUGCGUGAUGCUGGCGCGAAGGUGGUUGUUACUUCUGAGGGGAGGGCGGGUCUGUUCAGGGGGAUGGUGCCGGAUGUGGUUGCUGUCGGGCCGGGGCUGCUCUCACAACUUGAACAAGUGGAAGGAGCAGGAGAGAUCCACUCCGGCGUAACCCCCGACAACGCGGCCUUCAUCAUGUUCACCUCCGGCAGCACGGGCAAACCCAAGGGGGUCAUCCUCUGCCACCAAGCGCUCGUCUCCAGCGCGCUGGCACACGGCGCUGCCCUGGGCCUGGGACCACACACGCGCUUCCUGCAGUUUGCGGCGCACACGUUCGACAACUCGCUCGAGGAGAUGUUCACGACGCUCAUCCACGGCGGGUGCGUGUGUGUGCCCUCGGACGCCGACCGGCUGGGCGACCUGCCGGGCGCCAUAGCCCGACUGGACGCCAACUUCAUGGAUCUCACCCCGACGGUGGCGGCCCUGCUGCGGCCGGACCAGGUCCCCUCCAUCCGGGGCAUGGCCGUCGGCGGGGAGGCCCUCACCCGUGAGGUGCUGGAUGUCUGGGGCGGGGCCGUGCCCCUGCAUAACCAGUACGGCCCGAGCGAGUGCUCUAUCAAUGCCACGCACAAGCUGCAUCUCGAUUCGCGCGGGGAUGUGGCGAAUAUCGGCACUAGCGUGGGGAGUGUCUCGUGGGUGGUUGACCCGGCUAACCACAACCGGCUGGUGCCAAUCGGGUGCGUGGGCGAGUUGUUGAUUGAGGGCCCCAUCCUGGCGCGCGGCUAUCUGGGCCGGCCGGAGGAGACGGCCAAGAGCUUUAUUGAGAUGCCGCGAUGGGCGGUGCUGGAUCCGCGCCAUGCCGAGAGGGGCGCCCGGAGGAUGUACAAGACGGGCGAUCUCGUGCGGUACAACUCGGAUGGCUCGCUGGUGUAUCUGGGCAGGAAGGAUACCCAGGUCAAGCUGCACGGGCAGAGGAUCGAGUUGGGCGAGAUUGAGCACCACGUCAAGAGCAGCUUGCCGGUCACGGCCCAGUCAUCGGUGGAGUUGGUGACCGUGGGCCAGGCCAAGGCGCUGGCGGUGUUUGUCUGCGUUGCUCCUCCGCUUUCUUCCUCUUCCCAGGAGGUGAACGAGGUGGUCCGGAUUUUGCCCGUCGACGACGCCUUCCGCUCCCUCGCGCAGACCAUCGUCGCCGCGGUCUCUGCCAAGCUGGCCUCGUACAUGGUGCCCAGCCUGUUCCUGCCCGUCUCCAGAAUGCCGCUCACGUCGUCGGGCAAGCUGGACCGCCGCCGCCUGCGCACACUGGCCGGGGCCCUGUCCGACGGCGGCGUGACAGACUAUCGGCUGGGCGCCCAGGCGUCGAGUGGCCGCGCGCCCGAGACCGAAAUGGAGAAGCGCUUGCAGGCUCUGUGGGCGUUGGUGCUGCAGGUGGCGCCCGAAGCUAUCAGCGCCGACGACAGCUUCUUCCGCCACGGCGGCGACUCGGUUGGGGCCAUGCGCCUGGUUGCGGCGGCGCGCAGGGAGGGGGUGGUCCUGACUGUGGCCAGCAUCUUCCAGUCGCCGACGCUUUCCGAUAUGGCCGCGCUGGCUGAGGGUGAAAAGGCUGACUUUGCCCCUGUCGACGGCCAAAACGAACCGUUCCCUGGCCCAACGGAGCCGUUCUCCCUGCUUAAGGGUAAAGGUGCAAUGCCCCUGCCGGAGCUGCAGUCACACGUCGCGUCCAUCUGCCGCGUCGACCUUGCUGCCAUUGAAGACAUCUACCCGUGCACCCCGCUGCAGGCCGGACUUGUGGCCGCCUCGCAGCGGCAGCCCGGCGCUUAUGUCGCUGUCAACUUCUGGGAGCUGCCCGCGGGCACCGACCUGACGCGGUUCAAGCGCGCCUGGCAGGACGUCGUCGACACCGAGGCCGUCCUGCGCACGCGCAUCGUCUUCGUCGAGGGCCUCGGCUUCCUGCAAGUCGUCGUCCGCGGCGCGAUCCCCUGGGAGACCGCAAAAUCCCACGACGACCUUUCCUCCCCAAGCCAUCGCCACCUGCCCCCGCACGACGGCGGCAUCCUGUCCCGCUACACUAUCAUCGGCGAGCAUAGCCACCCAACAUUCGCCUGGACAGCUCACCACGCGCUCUACGACGGCUGGAGCUUGCCAACACUGCUGGCGCGUGUCGAGGCGCGGUACCGCCACCUCGAGCAGGAGGAGGAGGAGGCCACCAUCAUGGCGCCCGUGCCGCACUACUCGCGCUUUGUCGAGCACCUCUCCAACCUCGACCUCGCCGCAUCGGACGCCUUCUGGACCGCCAAACUCUCCGACGACGACGCCGGCACCACCACCACAGCAGCAGCGCAGCACUUCCCCUCGCACCUCCCACACCCGGGCUACCGCGUGCAGGCAACCAGCCAAGUCUCGCGGCCCAUCCGCUUCGCGCGACCGCGCGACACCAACCUGACGCUGGCAUCCUAUCUGCGCGCGGCUUGGGCGCUGGUGGUGUCCAUCUACGCUUCGUCGGACGACAUUGUCUUUGGCGAGAUCCUCAACGGGCGGGACGUCGCGCUCGCCGGGAUCGAAGAUCUCGUGGGGCCGACACUGGCUUCCGUACCGCGACGGGUCCGCAUCGAUCGUGCCGCGAGUGUGGAGCGCAUGUUGGCUGACGUGCAGGACCAGCUGAACGACGUCAUUCCGCACCAGUUCUGCGGGUUGCAGAGGAUCAGGGGUCUGUCUCCCGCUGCGGCGAGGGCGUGCAAUUUCCGGAAUUUGCUCGCCGUCGAUGUGGCGGAUGAUGAGGUUCCGGAGGGUAGUCUGUGGGGGAAGAUGGUGGGAGACGGGGGACGGCAGGGCGCCGAGUUCUUCAGCUAUCCGCUUAAUGUCACUUGCACCGUCAACAGAGCCAACACCAGCACCAACAAGAUAAAGACCGGAGGACGAGAAGAAGAGAUCCAGCUCCGCGCCUUCUUCGACCCGGCCGUCAUCCCGCCAUGGCAGGUGACCCGCAUGCUGGCGCAAUUCGAGACGCUCCUCACCCGCCUCGCCUCCCCCUCCUCCUCCAACAGUCUAGUAGUAGGAGAAAUCGACCUCCUAACCCCAUCCGACAAGGCCACGCUGCACAAGUGGAACCAGACCCCGACCCCAACCAUCGAGCGGCGCGUGCACGACCUGAUCUCCGACUCACUCUCCCGCCGCCGCGGCAGCGACGAGAUUGCAGUCCUCGGGUGGGACGGUACCCUCUCCCCCCGGGAUCUGGAGUGCCUUUCCUCGGCACUCGCGCGCGACCUUGUCUCUAAGGGCGUCGGUCGCGCAGCCUCAGAGUCAAGAGGGGGCAGGUUCCAACAACAAUAUGUGCCCUUCUGCGUCGAAAAAUCAAUCUUUGCCGUCGUGGCCAUGCUGGCCAUUCUCAAGGCCGGGGCGGCCUUUGUGCCGCUCGAUCCGGCGCACCCUGUGGCAAGACUCCGGGAGAUUGUCGCGGAUUGUGGCUGUAAAGAUGGGGUGGUGCUGUGCUCGCCGAGGUAUGAGGGGCUUUGUGCCCAGGUGGUGGGGAGGGUGGUGCCAGUUGAUAAGGGGAGGCUUGAACAGCUUGUGGGUGAGAAGGAGGCGGUUGUGUUGGAAGACCUUGGUGUGGAUGAGUGCCUCCCGAGCGACCCGGCAUAUGUGAUAUUCACGUCGGGAACCACAGGCAAGCCGAAAGGAACCAUUGUCUCCCACACGGCCUUCUGCUCCGGCGCCGCCGCCCACGGCCCAGCCAUGCACAUGACGCCGCCCUUCCGCUUCCUGCAGUUUGCCUCCUACACGUUCGACGCCUCCCUGGUCGAGAUCCUGACCACGCUCAUGAUGGGCGGCACGGUCUGCGUCCCGCGCGACGAGGACCGCACCAACGGCAACAUUGCGGCCGCCAUGGAGCAGAUGGGCGUGACCAUGGCCCUGCUGACGCCGUCCUUUGCGCGCGUGCUGGACCCGGCCGACGUGCCCCAGCUCAAGACGCUCAUCCUCGGCGGCGAGGCCAUGGCCCAGAGCCACGUCGACGCCUGGGCCGACCGCGUGGACCACCUGGUCAACGCGUACGGGCCGAGCGAGUGCGCCGUCGUGGCGACCGUCAACCCGCGCGUGCGCCGCUCGUCGAACCCGGCCAACCUGGGCCGCGGGCUCGGGCGCUGCUGGAUCGUCGACCCGCACAACCACCACCGCCUGGUGCCGCUCGGGUCGGUGGGCGAGUUGCUCGUCGAGGGCCCGACGCUGUCGACGGGCUAUCUCGGGAACGAGGCCAAGACCCGCGAGGUGUUCAUCGAGAACCCGCGCUGGGCGCUGGACGCAGACCUGCGCUAUCCGGACGUGCGGGACGGAAAGCCGCGAAGCAUGUACAAGACCGGCGACCUCGUGCGCGUGUGCGACGAUGUCUCGGGCGAGAUGGUCUAUGUGGGGCGGCGAGACGCCUCGCAGGCCAAGCUGAACGGGCAGCGGUUGGAGCUGGAUGAGAUCGUGCACCACUUGUCGGCCGACGAGGCGGUGCGCCAUGCCGUGGUCGUGCUGCCACGGACGGGGCCCUGCGUCAAGCGUUUGGUGGCGGUGCUCUCGCUGCGGGCAGUGGCUGCAGAAGGGAAUGCGGCCAGGUUUGAGUGGGUGGCGACGGCGGAGGCGUCUUCCUCGCUCGAGAAGAUCCAGGAGCGGCUGCGCGAGAAGCUGCCGGCAUACAUGGUUCCGUCGACCUGGCUUGUGCUCCGCUCGAUCCCGCUGCUGCCGUCCGGAAAGCUGGACCGCAACGGCGUGGCCAGGUUUGUCGAGGACCUGACCGAGGACACACUUGACACGAUCAACGCGGCCUACUCGGAAGCACAGGCCGCCGACACCCACACAGCCCGGGCACAAGACCUCUCCGUCGACGAACAGCUCAAAUCCAUCUGGAGCCAGGUCCUAAACAUUCCCCCCUCGCGAAUCACCCGCAACAUCUCCUUCCUGCACCUCGGAGGCGACAGCAUCACAGCCAUGCAGGUCAUGGCGCGCUGUCGCGCCCAGAACAUCCGCGUCAGCGUGCCCGACAUCAUCGGCGCAAAAUCCGUCGCCGAUCUCGCGCUCAAGGCCGACGUGCCCCAAACCCAGCAACAACAACAUCUUCAACAACGUCAACAAUCCAGCACCGGAGACCAGGAGGACCAUUACGAGUUCGACCCGUCGCCGAUCCAGCAGCUGUACUUCCAGCUCAUGCGGCCCAGCGAACCGUCACCAGAUACACAGAUGCAGUUUAACCAGAGCGUGCUGCUCCGCCUCUCUGAUGCCGCCAAGAGCAAGCGUGGUGUGAGCGCAGACACCUUCCAGCGCGCCCUGCAGGCGCUGGCCGAGACACACUCGAUGCUGCGCGCCCGCUUCCGGCGCGACGGCACCGGCGGCUGGCGGCAGCGCAUCACGCCGGACGUGCGCUCGUCGUACCGCUUCAAGGCGCACGCCAUCGGCAGUCUGUCCCGGAUGGAGAAGCGCAUCCAGGCCUCGCAGCGGGCGCUGGAUAUCCACAGGGGCCCGCUGCUGGCUGCGGACUGGUUCGUCGUCGGAAAGAAGAAGGAGGAGGAAGGGGAGGAAGGGGAGGUCUAUGUCUUCAUCACCGUCCACCACCUCGUCAUAGACGUCGUGUCGUGGGGGAUUGUCCUGCAAGACCUGGAGGACUUCUUCGCCACAGGGAAGGUCAGACCGAGGAGUACAUCGCUGUCCUUCCAGGCCUGGAGCCGCAAGCAGUCGGACCAGGCGCAGGCGGAGCGGAACGGGAGGGCGCUGCUCCCGCACCAUGAGACGGCCGACGCGGACUUGCGGUACUGGGGCAUGGAGGGCGUGCCGAACGUCCAUGGGGAUGUGGCCCCUGCUACGGAGGGGAUCGAGCUGGACUGUGACACGACGGCAGCGCUGCUGGGCCCGGAGUGCCACGCCCGGCUGGAGACGGACGUGCUGGACGUGCUGCUGGCAGCGCUGCUGCUGUCGUACCGCAAUGCGUCGUCUGGGAGGCGAGGGGUGCCGACCAUUUACAACGAGGGCCAUGGGCGGGAGGUGUGGGAUGGGUCCAUGGAUCUGUCGCGCACGGUUGGGUGGUUCACGACACUGUACCCCGUGCAUCUGCCGGAUGAGUCGUACUCUGAUGACGAUAUAGUCAGCGCCGUGCGGUGGGUGAAGGACUACCGUCGGCGCCUGGCGGGCAAGGGCCGGCCGUACUUUGCCUACCGGCUGCUCACGUCCCAGGGGCGCGAGGAGUACGACCACCGCUGGCCGGUCGAGGUCGCCUUCAACUACCUCGGGCAGAUGCAGCAGCUGACGCGGACCGACACGUACCUGCGCCCCUUUGACGACGACAGCGUCGGCCAGGGCGUCAACACGACCUCCGACAUCGGCAAGGACGUGCCCCGUCUGGCCCUCAUCGACGUGUCAGCUCUCGUGGUGGGCGGCAAGAUGCGGCUGUCGUUCGCGUACAACAAGCACAUGAAGCACCAGGACGCCAUCUUGCGUUGGGUGCGGGAGUGCCGCUCCCUGCUGCAAGGAGCUCCGCAGAGGCUGAUGCAGCACCGCUCCACAAAAAAGACGCUGAGCGCGUUCCCGUUGCUGCCGCUGUCCUACUACGGGCUCGAGAACCUCGACCAGCGGCUCCGCGACGUUGGCGUGCCGAUCCAGAACGUCGAGGACGUCUACCCGUGCUCGCCCAUGCAGCGCGGCCUGCUGCUGAGCCAGCUGCGCGAGCCCGAGAAGUACGCCUACAAGGCUGUUUUCCGGGCGGACGCUCUCGCGGGUACCGAGGUUGAUGUGCAGCGUUUGUGUGAUGCCUGGCAGGCUGUUGUCGGCCGCCAUUCCACUCUAAGGACGAUCUUUGUCGAUACCGUAGGUGACGAGGGGCUGAUGGACCAGGUUGUUCUCCGAAAUGCCCCGGGGAGGAUCACGGUGUUGGGUGAUGGCGAGGAGGAGGACGACGGCGACGAAGAGCAGGCGGUGCGCAAGCUCCAGGGUCUCGAGCCCCUCAACUACAACGACAAGAAACCCCCGCAUCGACUGUCACUCUGCAAGCUUAGGGGCAGCGGUGUGGUGUGCCAGCUGGAGAUCAGCCACGCGAUCUGCGACGGCUCCUCGGCGCCCAUCCUGCUCAACGAUCUGGCUGACGCCUACACCCGGGGCGCAGUCAGCCAUCCGGCGCCGGCAUACCGCGACUACAUCGCUCACAUCCAAUCGCAACCGCGCAGCGAGAGCGUGCGCUACUGGAAAGCCUACCUCGGCGGCGCCGAGCCGUGCCUCUUCCCCUCCCUCACCGACGGCGCGGUCGACGACCUCCCAGCAUCGCUGGGCUCCUACGCCAUCUCGCUCGACGACAACGUCCCCCAAAUCAACGAGUACUGCGUCAACGCAGGCAUCACGCAGUCGACCCUGCUGCAGUUCGUCUGGGCGCUGGUUGUCCGCGCAUACACGGGUGCCGACGAGGUGCUGUUCGGCUACCUGUCGUCGGGCCGAGACGUGCCCGUGCCACACAUCGAGCGGGCCGUGGGCGCCUUCAUCAACAUGCUGGUCUGCCGCCUCCCGCUGGCCGCCGACACGGAGAUCGGCGAGGCGCUGGACACGCUGCGGACCGAUAUCGCGGGCGCCAUGGAGCACCAGGCUUGCUCGCUUGCUGAGAUGCAGCACGAGCUGAACUUAGCCUCAGCGAGGGUGUCGGGGUCGGGGUUGUUCAAUACCGCUUUUACGUACCAGAAGCGCGCUGAGGAGCAGAAGGCUCAGACUCAGACUCAGCAACAGCAAGAGUUGGCGUACAAGGUGGUGAGCGCCGAAGAUCCGAGCGAGUACGCCGUCGCCGUCAACGUCGAGGCCACCAACAGGACCGUGGAGAUCCACUUCAGCUACUGGCGCAACACCGUCUCGGACGCACACAUCCGCCACGUGGCGGCCACCUUUGCGCAGGCCGUGCGCGAUCUGGUCGCCGACGCGCGCGACGACCGCACCGUCGGGGAGCUGGAUCUGCUCGGCAGCGCUGGCAUCAAACAAAUUUGCGCGUGGAAUGCCGCCUUCGAGCCGCUGCCCCGCGUCGAGCGGUGUCUGCACGAGGUUAUCUCCGAGCACGCGCGCACCCGCCCGACCGACACGCCCGCUGUGUGCGGAUGGGACGCGCAGUUUACCUACCGCGAGCUGGACCGGACUGCCACGGCGCUGGCGCGCCAUCUGAUGGCCGUCGGCGGUGUGCGGCCCGAGGUGUUUGUCCCGCUGUGCUUUGAGAAGUCGGCGUGGACCGUCGUCGCGCAGCUGGCUGUCCUCAAGGCCGGCGGCGCCUUUGUCAGCCUCGACCCGGCCCAUCCCGACAGCCGGCUGGAGCAGCUGAUACGAGAUGUGGGUGCUACGACGGUGCUCUGCUCUGCGGCGUACAAGGCCAGGAUGGAGAAGAUUGUCGGCAUUGGCCGGGCUAUCGUCGUCAGCCGCCAGUCCGUCGCGGCUCUCGACAACAGUAUCAUGGACACAACCCCCUUCGUCUCGAGGGCCACACCCUCUAACCCGGCAUACGUCAUCUUCACGUCCGGCACGACCGGCAAGCCCAAGGGCACGGUGAUCGAACACGGCGCCUUCUGCACGGGCGCGACGGCCCACGCGGCAGCCAUGUUCAUGCGCCCGGACUCGCGCGUGCUGCAGUUCGCCUCGUACACGUUCGACGCCAGCGUCAUGGAGACCUUCUCGUGCCUGCUGGUCGGCGGCUGCGUGUGCGUGCCGUCGGACGAGGACCGCCUCAACGACGUGGCCGCCGCCAUCCGCACCAUGCGCGUCACCUGGACGCUGCUCACCCCCUCCGUCGCCGGCACCGUCCGGCCCGAGAGCGUGCCCUGUCUCAAGACGCUGGUUACGGGAGGCGAGGCCAUGGCGGCCGGGCAUAUCGAGCGCUGGGCCACCACACGAUGCGCCCUGGUGAAUGCGUACGGGCCGACCGAGUGCUCCGUUGUGGCGACCACAAGCACGAAGGUGGACGAGUCCGGCCGGGUAUGCAACCGCGACCGGGCGACCAUCGGGAAUGCGGUGGGCGGCCGCGUGUGGGUUGUUGAUCCGCACUCGCCGGACCGGCUGGCUCCCAUCGGGGCCGUGGGUGAGCUGGUCGUCGAGGGCCGGCUCGUCGCCAGGGGGUAUCUCAACAACGCCGAACAGACCGCCAAGGCCUUCAUCCAAUCUCCGGCGUGGACGAGGCACCCGGCCUUCCCCGCGUCCAUGUGGGUUCGCAACGACGACAAUGUCAAGAUGUACCGCACGGGCGACCUGGUGCGAUACAAUUCCGACGGGUCGGUCUCGUACAUUGCGCGGAAGGACACGCAGGUCAAGCUCAACGGCCGGCGCAUCGAGCUGGGCGAGAUCGAGUUCCACGUCCGCGGCGGCCUACCGGACAACAACAUCAAGAAGGACACGACACAGUCUGCCGUCGAGGUCGUGUCGCCGCCUAUUAUCCGCACUAAUAAAGGUCGUGCCGCAGCCAAGUGUCUGGCCGUGUUCUUCACCGUGCCCACUACUACUGGUAGCCACAGCCCGACAAGAUUCUCUCUGCUACCCAUGACGGAACCGCUCCACGAGCUCUCGCGUGCCUUGGAAGCCCAUCUCGCGUCACAUCUGCCAUCGUACAUGGUCCCGACCCUCUUCGUCCCCGUGAGCGCCAUGCCCUGGACCAGCGCAGGCAAGCUUGACCGCCGCCGACUGCGCCACGCGCUCGAGGAGGAGGCUAGCCCUGACACCGUGGCGCGCUAUCGCCUCUCUUCUUCUUCUCAUACCAAAGGGGGGAAUAGUAGGACCAAGGGUGGUGCCGUUGCCGCACCGACAAGUGAGAUGGAGAAGCGGUUGCAGAGCCUGUGGGAGUCUGUUCUGGGCCUGUCUCCCGGGUCGAUGGGCCGCGGGGACAGCUUCUUCCGUCUUGGCGGCGACUCGUUGACGGCCAUGCGGCUUGUUGGUGCCGCGAGGGCGCAUAAGAUUGCCUUGUCGGUGCUAGACGUGUUUGAGAAGCCUCUUUUGGAGGAUAUGGCCGCUGCUGCUGCUGCAGCCGGUGGGAAGGCUCCCUCGGAGGAGGAGCGGGCUCGUCACGGUGAUGUGAGGCCUUUCGACUUGCUCCCUGCGAAGGGGCGGGAGGGCCUCGUGCAGGAGGUUGCCGCGCAGUGCGGGUUCGGUGGUGACCUUGAGAAGAUCCUGGAUAUGUACCCCUGCAGUCCGCUGCAGGAGGGGCUGGUGGCGCUGGCAAAUAAACAGGCCGGCGCCUAUGUGUCGGUGAACACGCUGAAGCUGUCCGCGGAUGUUGACAUGGACCGCUUCAAGGCCGCGUGGCAGGCGGUCGUGGACGAGACGGACACGCUGCGCACCCGCAUCGUGCACACUGCCGCGGCUGGCUUCUUGCAGGUUGUGGUUGCUUCCAAGCCGAUCGAGUGGUGCACGGAUCCAACCGUGGAGGAGGCAGUAGAAAGGGGGAAGGCGCUGGGGUCGCAGAAUGGCGGAAUUCUCACGAGAUAUGCCAUCGUUGAUGGCGAGGAAGGGCGGACGUUUGUCUGGGCCAUCCACCACGCGCUCUACGACGGGUGGAGCCUGCGCCUGCUCGCGAGACGGGUCCAGGACGUGUACCACAGCAGCGUCUAUACCCCGGCCGUCCGCGCUCCCUACGCCAACUUCAUCCGCUACCUGAGACAGCGGGACACGGCCGCGUCGGAGAAGUUCUGGACCGAGUCGCUGACCGGCGCGUCUUCCAUCUCCCAUUUCCCGCAGCUCCCGUCAUCCGUUGCCAACGAGAGCGAGACGCCCGUCUUCCGAUCCGAGACGCGCACCGUCCAAAUCCACCGAAGCGGCAUCCUCGCCGACAUCACCGUCCCGACGCUGGUCCGCGCGGCAUGGGCCAUAGUCCUGGCCGCCUACACGGGCACGGACGACGUCGUGUUCGGCGAAACGCUGGCCGGGCGCAACAUCGACGACGUGCCCGGCGUGGCCGAGAUGGCCGGGCCGACCUUCGCCACGGUCCCGACGAGGGUCCAGCCGUUCCGCGACAUGCGCCUCGCCGACUUCCUGCACCGCCUGCACGCCCUGGCCAGCCGCGUCGUCCCGCACCAGCACCUGGGCUUGCAGCACAUCAAGAGACUCAACGCCGACUGCGCGGCGGCCUGUGAGUUCCAGAACCUCCUCGUCAUCCAGGCCGCGUCGCCUGUUCAGCAUACGAAGGAAGAGGAGGAGGAGGCCGACUGGGAUUUCCAGGGCGGAUCCACGACCGACAGCUUCUUCACCCACCCGCUCGUGCUGGAAUGCAGCGUUGCCGACACGGGCGCCAUAGAGGCCACCUUCCACUACAAUGAAAAGGUGCUUUCUGUAUGGCACAGCAAGCGGCUGGUCUCGCAGUUCGAGGCCGUUCUCAAGCGGCUGGCCGACCGGUCCAGCCAGAAGGACCAUAAAGACGCCACGCUGGCCGACAUCCGCGUGCUCAGCCCGGAGGACCAGGCGCUCAUCGCGCGAUGGAACCGCCUCGCCGCCACGGACGAAGAAGGAGGCAUCGAAGCGGCCGUGCACUCGUGCAUCCACCGUCUCUUCCUCGACCAGGCGGCCGCCUACCCUGAUAGAGCAGCCAUCUGCGCGUGGGACGCUGAGCUGACGUACGGCGAGGUCUCCGAUUACGCCUCGCGGCUGGCGGCCCACCUGCAGAGUCUCGGCGUGCGUCGCGAGACGCUCGUGCCGGUCUGUCUCGACCGCUCGGCCUGGGCCAUGGUGGUCCUGCUAGCCAUCCUCCUCGCUGGCGGCGCCUUUGUGCCCCUCGACCCGGCCCACCCGGUGUCACGGCAGAGGGAAAUCCUGCAGUCCAUCGGGCCAGUUCCCCUCGUGGUCUGCAGCCCUGACCACGCCGCCCGCUUCUCUGGCUCCGGCAUCGCCGGUGUAGCGGUAGAUGGCGCCAUGAUCCGCACCCUCCUCCCUUGCCCUGACUCCCAACAAGUCCCUGGUGGUGGUGGUGGUGGUGGACCCACAACAGACCCGACCAACACAGCCUACGUGCUCUUCACCUCCGGCAGCACGGGCCCGCCCAAAGGGGUGGUCGUGCGCCACCGCGACUUCUGCUCCUCGUCGCGCGCCUACGCAGCCGCCACCCACCUGACCUCGUCCUCACGCGCCUUCCACUUUGCCUCGCUGACCUUUGACGUGGCGCUCAUGGAAACCUUGACGCCCCUGACCUUGGGAGGGACGGUGUGUGUCCCGACCGAGCACGAGCGCCUCCACGAUCUGGGGGCUGCCAUGGCACGCUUGCGCGCGACGUGGGCUUUCCUCACCCCGUCGGUGGCGAAUACUAGUCUGCUGGACCCGAGCCAAGUCUGUGGGACGCUCAAGACGCUGGUGUGCGGUGGCGAGGCGGUCGUGGCCGAGACGGUCGCUCGCUGGGCUGAUAGCGUGGAGUUGAUGAAUGGCUAUGGCCCGACCGAGACCAGUGUUUUGGCGUUGGUUAACCCGGACUUGUCCAGGGAGAGGGAUCCGAGUGUCAUUGGACGGGCCACGCCCUGUGCUCGGGCGUGGGUGGUGGAGGCUAGGGAAGACUGUAAUGAGAGGCUGGCACCGGUCGGGGCUGUUGGGGAGCUGGCGAUUAGUGGACCGCUUGUUGCCAGGGGGUAUUUGAAUGACGAGGAGAAGACCAGGAGGGUGUUUGUGGAGAACCCCGGGUGGGCGAGGGACGAUUUGAGCGCUGCCUGCGGCCCGCCGCCCACGAGGGUGUAUCGCACGGGCGAUCUGGUGCGGUACCGGCCCGACGGUACGCUCGAGUACCUGGGCCGCCGGGACGGCCAGGUGAAAGUCAAUGGCCAGCGGCUCGAGCUCGGGGAGAUUGAGAGCCGGUUGUCGGCGGAUGGCAGGGUGCGGUUGGGGCUGGUGGUGCAGCCCAAGCUGGGGCCGUGCAGGAAGCAGUUGGUCGGUGUGGUCACGCUGGCGGGUGUGAGUGAGGAAAGCAGCAGCAUCACGGCUGGCAACGGCGACGAUGGGUGCUGCGUGCUGGACGGGCCGCCCGAGCAGCUCGUCCAGGCCCGCGCGGACGUGGCCGCGAUCAGGGCGCGGCUGGCUGAUGCCCUGCCGCACUACAUGGUCCCCGCCGCGUGGAUUGUGCUCCGCAGCAUGCCGGUUGUGGUGUCGGGCAAGCUGGAUCGGAGGCGAGUGGCGCGGUGGGUUGAGGCGCUGGACGAUGCGGCGUACCAGCGCAUUGCGACCAGUCUGGGCUUUGGCGCCCAGGAGGAAGCCGAGGACGAGAUCCACGCCACGGGGCUUGUCAAAGAGCUGAGGGAGAUCUGGGCGAAGGAGUUGAAUGUCCCUGUUGGCCGUGUCCGGCUCAGCCAGCAGUUCUUGAGUCUUGGCGGAGACAGCAUCACGGCAAUGGGCGUCGUGUCCCGGGCGCGCAACGCACAGAUCAAGCUGUCCAUCCAGGACGUGCUCCGGUCCAAGUCGCUCGCCCACCUUGCCGAGCUCGCCAAGGUAGUGCCGUCAUCGACCGAGACUGCGGUGCACGACGACCAGGAAACUGAGGAGCCGUUCGCGCUGUCCCCGAUUCAGAGCUUGUAUCUGAACUCAGCCACCGGUUACGAUGGCGACGCCCGUUUCAAUCAGAGCUUCACACUCAGCGUCCGCCGUGUUGCCAUGGACACCAUCAAGCGGGCUGUCGAGGCGAUUGUCAAGCGUCAUUCUAUGCUUCGUGCCCGCUUUGUCCGCACGCAGGACGGGACUUGGAGACAGCGGAUUGCCAAGAUGAGCCCUUCGACCUACGGCUGUCUCGAGCAUCGUCUGAGCUCUCGCGACGAGAUGACGACCACCGUGGCAGCGGCACAGACCAGCCUGUCCAUUGAACACGGCCCCGUGUUCCGCGUCGACCUGUUCGAACUGGCCGAUCAAGACCAGAUCGUCAUCUCUAUGGUCGCCCACCACCUCUGCAUCGACAUGGUGUCCUGGCGCAUCAUUGUGCGGGACCUGGACGACACGCUCGAGAACGGCUCCCUCGCGGCAGACUCGCCUCUAUCCUUCCGGUCGUGGUGCGCUUUGCAGGCUGCCCACACAAGGGUAGUCGACCCGAAGGCUCUGCUGCCGUUCGAGGAGACCGCGCCCAACCUGGACUACUGGGGCGCACAGGGGCCGCUCACGUAUUGCAAGACCGUGACCGAGACGUUCAGCCUCGGCGAGGACGUGACCAAGCAAGCUCUCGUGGACUGCCACAGGGCGUUCCGGUCGGAGCCUAUCGAACUGUUCCUCGCGGCGGUCGCCCACGCCUUUGCACGCACCUUCCGCGACCGGAGUCUGCCGACGCUGCACAUCGAGAACCACGGGCGCGAGGCCCCGGCCGGUUCGCAAGCGGACCUGUCUCAAACGGUCGGCUGGUUCACCUCCAUCUGUCCGCUGGUUAUCCCUUCAGACAAUACUGGCGACGCCCUCGACACGCUGCGCCGGACCAAGGACAUCCGCCGCAGCAUUCCGGACCACGGCAGGCCCUACUUCGCCCACAAGUACCUCGGCAGCGCGCCCGACCCGGCCCGGUCACCGAUGGAGGUGCUGUUCAACUAUCUCGGCGGCGGCGUCGUGCAGAAUGGUGAACGCCACGAGCAGGGCGACUCGCUGAUCCGGCACUUCGAGCUCGACGAGUCCGACAGCCUCGCUGAUGUCGGUCCCGAGACGCGCAGACUGGCACUGUUUGAGAUCUCGGCCAUCGUCGUCAACGGCAGGCUGCAGUUCAGCUUCGUGUACCACAGCAGCCUGAGCCGAGCCAACGAUGUCCGGCGGUGGAUCAGCAACUGCAAGACCACGCUCGAGCAGAUGGUUCAGGCGCUAAUGCACCAGCCCGAGGAGCCAACCCUGAGCGACUACCCGCUGCUGCGGCCGCUGACAUACGACGGCCUACACAGUCUCACCAGGAUCGCCCUUCCGUGUGCCGGUAUCCAGGGCUCGCUCUCCGCCCAGGUCGAGGACAUCUACCCGUGCACGCCGGUCCAGGAGGGCAUGCUGAUCAGCCAGCUGCGCAACCCGAGCGCCUACCUCUUCCACGCCCUCUACCGCGUCCGGCAUACCAACCCGCGCUACCGCCUCGAUGCCGAGCGGAUCGCGCGCGCCUGGCAGAAGGUGGUGGACCGCCAUGCGGCGCUGCGGACCGUGUUCAUUGAGAGCGUGCGCCGCGGCGGCGUGUUUGACCAAGUCGUGCUGCGGAAAGCCCCGUGCGGGGCUGUCCUGCUCCAGAGCCGCGACGACGGGGAAGCCAUGGCCAGACUCGGCCAGGUGACUCUCCUCCAGGAGGGGGACAAUACUACUGGUAGUACUACUAGUAGUAAACAGCCGCAGCUCCCGCACCGCCUCGCCAUCUGCACGACCCGCACGGGUCAGACCCUGAUCAAGCUGGAGGUCAACCAUGCCGCCAUCGACGGCGGCUCCCUGGCCAUCAUUCUGCAGGAGCUUGCCACCGCGUACCAGGGCACGCUCGACCCCAGUCCCGGGCCUCUGUACAGCGAGUAUGUCCGAUACAUCCACACGCUUUCCGCCGAAGAGGGCACAAGGUACUGGAUACGCCAGUUGGAGGGUCUCCAGCCGUGCUACUUCCCCAAACUCCUCACCCCUACCACCACCACCAUCACUUCUGGGUCCUUGACAGAAGAAAGGAAACUGUGCUCCACGGCACUGCCGUUCAGUCAGUUCCAGUUCGCUGAGUUGCGCCGCCUGUCGGAGCAGACCCACGUUACGAUGGCCAACAUCAUGCACGCCGCCUGGGGCUUGGUCUUGCGCAGGUACACGGGCCGCGACGACGUCUGUUUCGGCUACCUGACGGCCGGCCGUGACGCGCCCGUUCAGGAGAUCGGUGAGGUCGUGGGCACGCUGAUCAACAUGCUGGUCUGCCGGGUGCAGAUUCUGAGUGGUCCUAGUAGUACUAAGCUGGAGGAGGUGUUCCGAAAGGCGCAGGACCAGCAUUUGCAGAGUUUGCCGUUUCAGCAUGUCAGUCUGGCGAGGGUGCAGCAUGAGUUGGGUCUGGGUGGCAAGAAGGUGUUGUAUAACACCAGUAUUUCGACCCAGAGUCAUAGUACGAAUGAGGGGAAGAAGAGGGAGGGAGAGGAUGAGGGUGUGGAGUUUGAGAUGGAGGAGGGUCAUGAUCCCAGUGAGUACGCCAUCACGGUGAAUAUUGAGACGUCAAAGUCCAGCGAAGGCGUGGUGUUCCGGUACUGGUCCGACCACAUCAGCGAUGACCAGGCCCAGGAGGUCGCCCGCACCAUGGCGCGCGUCCUCGACGCAUUCAUCAACCGGCCCUCGCAGUCUGUGGCAGAGCUUGACGCAGAACUUGACGGUACGCCGGCAGCCGAGGAGAAGGACGAGGUGCUCGACAAGCUGCUUAGCGAAAGCGAUCCACUGAGCCCGACGACGCUGCGGAACAUGGACUCGUCUCCGGAGGUCUCUUCUCCCGCCCUGUCUGCCUUCGAAACACCCAUGCAGAGUCCGCACGAGAAGAUCCUGCUUGGCCUGUGGAGCGCGCUGCUCAACCAACCCGAGGAUGCGAUCGGCGGGCAGGACAGCUUCUUCGAUCUCGGCGGCGACAGCAUCGCCGCCAUGAAACUUGUCGGCGACGCCAGGGACCUCGGUCUGCAGCUCACCGUCGCCGACGUGUUCCGCCACCCGUGCUUCGACGACAUGGUCGCCCGGAUGCGCGCCACCGCUAACAUGCAUGCCGUGGGCGAGCUAGCCAAGCGCGAGAAGAUGACGACGACGACAAACAGUCAGCCCACACGGCGCGACUCGUAUGAACGCUUCUCGCUGCUCGCGGCCUCUAACGUCGACGCCUUCCUGCAGACCAGCAUUGUGCCGCAGGUGUGCGUCUUCCGCGGCGGCAUCGCCGACGUGCUGCCCGCGACCGACUUCCAAUCCCUCGCCGUCGCGGGCGCCCUGCUCGAGUCGCGCUGGAUGCUGAACCAUUUCGCCCUGGACGGCGAGGGGCCCCUGGACGUCGCCCAGCUCAAGCGCGCGUGCUUCCGGCUCGUGCAGGGGCUCGACAUCCUGCGCACCGUUUUCGUGCCCUCGGGCGGCCGCUUCCUGCAGGUCGUCCUGCGCACGCUCAGGCCUGCGUUCCGCGUCGUUGAGGUGGACGGGUCGGUCGACGAGUACAAGCCUGGAACUGGUGGUGGUGGUGGUGAAGAAGACAGGCCGCAGCUGAGCGAGCCGUUUGUCGAGUUCACCGUGGUCAAGCAGCGCCGCAGCGCGCGCCAUCGCAUCCUGCUGCGCAUCUCGCAUGCCCAGUACGACGGCGUGUGCUUCCCCAAGAUCCUGGACGCGCUGCAGACGGCGUACCGCGGCGAGACGGUGCCUCCCGCGCCCUCGUUCGCCAAUUAUUUGAGGGCGUCGGCGGGGGCCCUGACGUCGGAGCACUACCAGCACUGGAAGCAGCUCCUUGCGGGCUCGUCCAUGACCGAGAUCGUUCGCCGCAGCGGGCCGAAUUACCGCACCACCGCCUCCAAGGCAACUGUCACUUUGAAGAAGACGGUCUUCCUGCCGCCGGUCGAGUCGGGCCACAUCACGACCGCGACAGUCGUCAAGGCCGCCUGGGCGUACGUGCUCGCGCAGAUCUCGGCCAGCGCCGACGUCGUGUUCGGGCACACCAUCAGCGGGCGCAACGCCGCCGUCGAGGGGGUCGGCAACAUGAUCGGCCCUUGCCUCAAUCUGGUGCCCGUGCGCGUGCAGCUCGGCAGCAACACGGCCACGGCCCGCCACCUGCUGCGCCAGGUGCAGGACCAGCAGGUCGCCAACAUGUCGCACGAGGUGUUAGGGUUCCGCGAGAUCAUAAGGCACUGCACCACCUGGCCGCGCUGGACCUACUUCUCGUCGACCGUGCAGCACCAGAACGUUGAUCGUCUGGACCAAGUCUCCAUGCGGUUGGGUGAGGCCGAGUACAAGGUGCAGUGUGUGUCUGCCGCGCAGGAGGACUUUGCCGACUUGUCUGUCUUCUCGCAGUCUGUUGGGAAGGAGGGGGAGAAUAUGUACGAGGUCAUGCUGAGCUUUGCGGCGGGCGGCGCCGUUCCGAGGGACUUUGGGGAGCGCGCGCUGGACAUGCUCUGCGACGCGGCACAUCUUUUUGCUGCGAACCCGGACGUGGCGCUGCCCUCGGCUGCUGAGCUGUGUCGGUCUCCUAAGCAGGUGCCGUUCGAUGACUGCAAUGCAGAUGGAGAGAAGGCGGAGCUUCCUUCUAAAGAUGUCGCGCACUUGUCACCGGCGCAGCGUAGUGGCUUGGAGAGGACGGUGCGCACCGCCUGGCAGGGUGUCUUGCACACGACCACACCCGAAGAGACGUCGACCGCAACGAUGGAGGGCGUAGACCUGGACACCUCCUUCUUUUCUCUUGGGGGCGACAUCGUUGCCCUAGCGCAGCUUGCGUACCUCUUCCCUGCCGAGCAGCAGCAGGAAGUGAGUCUGCGGCUGGAGGAACUGCUGCAGAAUCCCACUGUGCGUGGGCACAUGGCCGUUUUGGCGGCCAGGGGUAUCGGCAUUCCUCCCGUUCCCAAUGAUGUGGAGGAGGAGAGUGUUGAAGAAGGGACCAAGGGGAGGAAGACGAAGAAGAAGGCCGCUACUUUCCCGAUCUCGGUGAAUGUCGGUGUGAGAGGCAGUGCGGCCGAGGAGAAGGUGAAGAGGGUCGAUUCCGGGUUGAGCUUGAAAGUCGCUGGUAAGGCGCUGAGGUUGGUCACCAAGCGGUUGGGGAAGGUGGAGAAACGGAAGGGCGGUGAUGCUGCGCAGGUUGUUGUGAGGUGACGGGAUCGGUACCGACUUUCUUGAAGGAAGGAUCGAAAGGUUUUGGUGGGGGGGUUUCCAUUGGGUUGAGGUUGGUGUCAGGGCGGUGGGUGGUGGCGUGGCAGACUGUGUCCUUUCCGUUUCUCUAUUUUUGUGUGGCCUUUCAUUGCUGCCUUAUUCUCUUAUAUGUAGCAGUCGUUUCACUUUUCUUUUCUUGUUAUAUGUUACAUCUGCCAUAGCUCUUGCAUCUCCUAGGUAGCGCCGCGAAUGUUAGGUUUAGAUUUUACCCUAUCAAAAGUCUCAGUCUUAUGAACAAGUGCCGUGGUUUGAACGAGCCCUCUUCCAACCCACGUGUAUGUACUAGUAGUCAAACUUUUGGUUGCUGAUAAGCUAUUUAUUUCGACACCGUCGAAAUUUCGGGUAUCAGCUGUAGACUUAUUCAGCUUGUG